AAAGAUUCGUUUAAAUCAUCUGUCACAGUUUCAGUGGAUUUGUUUUUGUUUGGGAAAUUUAAAUAAGUGACGUUUUCUUCGUCAGGACUUGAGGGAUGAAAUACACACAUUCAUCAGUGAACUUCAUGUUGAAGUAUCAAUAUCCGUGAUCGGGUAAGUAAAGAAUGUCUUCGAGAAACGACCCUUGGGCUAUACGCCAAUUAAGCAGUGUCAGUAGCAUUGACAGCAGUACUGGCACGACAGAAAUCGAUCACAGUUCGUCCAGCUCCAGCUUUUCAGUCCAUUCUCGUGGAACCAAGUCAACUUCUGACUUACCGAUAAGAAAUCGAAAAUUUAAUCAUCGCGAUUGCAGUAAGCGCAGUAAUAAGCUUAGAUCGGAGCACUAUUAUGAAAUCAAACCUAGAUCGGGGGGUGGUAACCCGAGGCAGCCCUUUGUGUGUUCACUGUAUGUCACAACGCACGACUUGGUAAAAGGAAACGCGCGUCUAGAUCUGGGCCUCGAGUCGCUCAUUUCGAAAACGCGAAAGAUAGUCACGGGUCAAAUUCGUCUUCAGAAAACACUUUGCGGGCUCACGAUCUCCUUUUCCAAAGAGAGUGAUGUGGAGAGUGUCUUAAAGUUGCCCUUACAGGAUAUUUUUCGGGGACCAGUUCAGGUGGCAAGAUUUAUUACGGGAGAAUACAGGUAUCGGUCACGAGUACUGAUUAAAGAUGUACCGUGGUGCAUACCGAAGGCUGAACUGGAAAAGGCGCUAAGAAAGCAGGGCAUUCGUACGAGUAAGGUGAUACGGACCAAAACGCACGUGACGGUCGAGGUACGCAACGCGUUAGAAAUGCAGCGGUUGAUCGACGAGGGAUUGAACUUCUUUAACUGUACGUCCUUCAGUGCGAUUCCAGAAAAGUAUACGAACCAAGGAGAGUCCGACAUUAUUCAGUGCUUCAAAUGUCAGGGGUUCUGGCACACGUCGACCCAUUGUCGGUACGGGCCCCGGUGCGUCAGAUGCGGCGAAAAUCAUAGCGUCGAAACUUGCCCCCAUCCCCGUAGUACGCCGAUUUGCUGUCAUUGCGGUGGUUCUCACCAUGCGGCGUACAAACUUUGCCCAGUACGUUUACGACUUGCCAAUUUGACUUCUGUUGGAUUCCAACUUUCGAAAGGGAACUCGUAUCGAAAUCAUUUGUUUUAGGGGCGCUAUUUGCAACAAAACUGGAACGUGUGUAAUUGCCCAUGAUGGUCAAUAAACAAUAUCUGUGUCCUGUA